UGUGCGCGAGUUUCCAAUGAAAACUUGGGUGCGCGAUAUUAACACGUCAAAAACCAAAGCGAGGCCCUUUUUUUUUAAAAAAAGAAAAUACCACUCAUCAUCUUCCCUUUCUGCGUGAAAGAUCAUUUUUUACCCUCUCCGCAAUCUCCUCCUGAGCAAGAGCAACCGCUGAGCGUGCAAGAGCAGCAACCUCUCAAUCAGUUUUGAGGCAUAUCCAGGAUUUGCGUAUCCAGGGACCCAAACGGCCCAUAAUGGACGAGGUGGAAGAGGCAGUAGAAAAGCUGAAAUCAGAAUGGGAAGAGACAUACGCUCAAACUCAAGGGCAUGUGAGAUCGAUAGAGGGGUGUGGAAAGUCAGGAAACGGAACAGAGGAGGCCAAUUCUCUUCCUAGAUUGAAUGGAGCUUCCCAAGAUGGAUUGGCCCUUCUCAGAUCCAUGCAAUUCAGGCUCGAUCUUCUCGCUCAACAGAUGCCCACUGAACAAGGGACCCAAUCUGCACAAUCCACUUUGAAAUCAUGGAAAGAUAAGUAUCAGAGUUUGCAUAUGAGCCUUAGGAAUGCAAACAUACAAGCAAAGGCAAACAUACGGAAGGCCGCUCAGGAAGAGAGGGAGCUCCUCUUGGGAGGAGGUGAGGAGUCUACCGUUCGAAGGCGCAAUUUACAGACAAAGGCUGGUUUGACAGGAGCUGCAGAAAACAUAACGGAGAGUCUACGGAGGACUCGUCAACUAAUGGUUCAGGAGGUGGAAAGAAGUGCAAGCACACUGAUGACUUUUGACAAUUCAACCACAGUUUUGAAGAAGGCAGAAACUGAAUACAAGGGCCACCGCUCGUUGCUGAUGCGUACUCGCAACCUCCUCACAACCAUGCGCCGCCAGGAUGUCCUUGACAGGAUAAUCAUGGGGAUCGGUUUUAUCUUCUUCUGCUCCGUAGUCCUUUACAUAGUCUCCAAAAGAAUUGGGUGGUUGAAGUUGCAGAGAAAGAUAAUGGAGGCCAUGAAAACAGGUUCUAUUCCCACCCAUCAGGAGAUGAGACCUGGGGCACCAACGAUUAAUGACAGUGGUGCAUUGGACCAUUCAGAACUUUAGUUCUAUGUUUCUCCUGUAUUUGUCUGUAAUGGGUUUCCCUCUUCUUUUUAUCCUUUCUAUUUUUUACAUUAUGGCUAAGUUAUGAUAAAGUUAGUGUAGAUCAAGUGUGAUGCAUUC